AUGGCUCCCAGCCAGCGUUCAGCAGCUUUCUUGCUGGCUACGCUGCUCGCCUACUGCAAGUUCCACCUCACGUCCGCCGUCGGCAGCGCGAGUAGCAAGCGCAGGUGCCAAUCGCCUACGGAGAUGUUGGCGAAUGCGGCAAAAGUGCUGCACUGCACGCCUGAAGGGUGGACGGGGCGAUUCAUUCGCGCCAAUCCCAUUCAAGUGGAGCUGUUCGAGAACAUGCAGGUCGACGAAUUGACUGCAUGGCCUCGCUUUGAGGGCGUUCUCAGCUGCCUGUUUCGGGCUCGGUCGCAGAAGAUCGUCCCGCUUGAGACCGCCGCCCUAUCAGUCAGCUUCAAGCACUACCAUGCGCUGCCGCUCCUGCGCGAGCAGACGUCCCACCUCGACACGGGCGGCGGAGAGGGGAGGGCGGCGCUCGCCGUCGACUGGCGCUUUGCGCGCGCGGCGGCGAGCCAGCUCUCCGGCGCCGCUGCUGGGGCGGCCGCGGGAGUAGCGGGCAAGGCCGCGGCAGGGGCGACCGCGAAGGCCGCCGGGGGCGCCGUCGCGAGCUCCUCCCUCGCCGGCAAGCUCGCCGCGCCGUUUGUGACCAAGGCAGCCACCGCGGCGGGGGCGGCGGCGGCGGGCGCCGCGUCGGGCGCCGCGGCGGGUCCGGUUGGCGUUGCGGUUGGUGCGGGCGUGGGGAUCGGCGUCGACUUUGCGCUCGCCAAGGGCGUCGAGCUCGCGAGGAGGCGCGACUUUGAGGCGGACACGGCGGCCGCGCUCGGCACGGCGCACGCCGAGUGGCGCGAGCUGAUGGGGGCGGAGCUCGCGAGGUACAUUGAUGUGCUCGUGGACGAUGCCGUGCAGCUGACUGCGAACGCGCAGACCAGUCCUCGUGAGUGACGUGUGAGGAAGGGCGGGCUUGUGAGCGGGGUGUGGCGGUAAGUGUAGAGGCGUGCGCGAUGAGAUGCGAUGAGGCACGGGA